AAAUCACCGUGCGCCCAUGUUGUUGGACGGUAGCAAGUUGAAUGCCUCGCCUUAAAAACAACACAAAGCGUUCAAUGUUUUUAAUAUCUGUAAAAUGCCUUGUGGAUUUAGAAUGAGCAAUAAUAUUAUUUGACGUCACUGAGUCAUCCCGAAAGCGGGAUUAGAAGCAAUUUCAAUACAAGAAGUCGCUGACAUAAAUUGCAGGUCUGAUUGACUGAGGAGUAGACAUAUGUCGUCUGCAGCAGAGACGAUGGAAAAUGCCUCCAUCAUUUCAGACAGUGGGGCCCAUGACGGAAACCGCUUGUGGAUAGGCAACAUCGACCCCAAAAUCACAGAGUAUCACUUGGUGAAGCUCUUAGAAAAGUUUGGCCAUGUGAAACAGUUCGACUUCCUGUUCCAUAAGUCCGGUCCUCUAGAGGGGCAACCGCGAGGCUACUGCUUUGUCAACUUCAACACCAGAGAGGAGGCCGAGAGAGCCAUCCAGUGCUUGAAUGGCAAGCUAGCGCUGUCCAAAAAGCUGGUUGUGCGUUGGGCACACGCACAGGUAAGGAGGUUUGAAGGUUUCCGUAACGACAAGACGAUGCCUUCCAGCUUGGAGCCGUCGAGCAGCGGCGAGGGAGGCGAGGGAUCCUUGGCGACGAACCACCUCAGCACGAGCGCUAAGAUCCGCGCCAUCGAGGCCAAGCUGCAGAUGAUGGAGGAGAAUCCGGAUGAGGAGUACUCGGGCCCGUCUGCCUACGUCUAUAACAAGCCGCCGGAGAGGAAGCGCUGGGAGCCCUACUCGAAAUCACACAGCAGGCCCUUUCGAAGGUUUCGGAGAUGACCCGUCCUCCUACUUAGCGUGGAGAGCCCCCACCCAACCCCUUUCCCCCACCCCCACCACACACAUCUCAGGCCCCCCAACACAUCCCAACAGGGACUUUUUGAGAUGAAAAUUAAAGGCACUGACAUUUAGGGGUGAAAAAUGGACAAACAACCUCAAGUCAUUUGGUUGCUUUGUGUGUUACAGUUCCGUGUGUGUGUGUGUGUGGUGUGUGUGUGUGUGUGUGUGUGUGCUUGCAAUUUGCAGGAUGUUCUGAAUCAUUCUUAUGAAAAGUACUUUUUUAAAAAAUCCGACUGUAUAAGCAAUAUAUUGUAACAAUGCUUGCAAAACUGUUGAGAAAUAUUUUUAAAUGCAUACCUGUUGGCUUUUUUUCUGAUUAAUAUUUCUCAAAACUUCAUUCAAAUACAUUUUUUAAGUUACGAUCCAGGAAUUGCAAACAGUGGGUCAGUGAAAUAAUUUGACCCGCCACGCAACUCCCAAAGGAUAUAAAACCUCCGAGGACAUGACAUUAAACCCAGAAAUGCUCAUAAUGUAUAAAAAUAAACAUUUGAUUGACUGUUG